GAAAAGGGCAGCGCACCGCACCGCACACCACCGCCCACCCGUAGAAACCAAAGAGAAGAAAGAGGGCGAACAAUUCGCAGCAAACCCUCCUGCGCCUCUUCGGUCGCCCCCGGCUGAACAAGAUCUCCGGCGGCGGCGGCGGCGACCAUGGCCCGGAAGAGGAAGUCGGACGCCGCGCCGCGGUUGGACGAGGCCGACCGGACGCUCUACUCCACCUUCUGCGGCGCCGCCAACUCCCUCUCCCAGCUCUACUCCCAGGCCAUGUCCCAGCAGAAGCUCUCCUUCCAGGCCGGCGAGCGGCACGCCCUCGAAAAGCUCCACCAAUGGAUUUCGAGGAAGCAUGCGGAGGAGUCGAGGCUUACUGUAACUGACAUAAUGUCACAUAUCCAGCAUGAGAUUGACUCUGGAGGUACUGAUGCACUUGUAUCCCCAAGAGGAAAUCAACAUCCUGCCAGUGCAAACCCGUUUACAAAUAUCCAACCCUCAGCUGGUUUGUACCCGCAAGCAACAGCUGGGCUUGCUCCUAGACCCAGCCUCAGUGACCAGCCUAAGAAUAUGAUAUUCUCAAAUGCACUAUCUAGCCCAGUCUGCAGGACCCUCCAGAACUAUCACUUGACCCAAGGUGCCGGUAGUGGAGGACGGAACAAUGAAGCGAACUCAGUGGGCCAACACCGGGAGGCCAACUCCGCAAGCUCCAAUGACACAUCCAUGGACAUGGUUUCAGACAGCGCUGGGAAUGGAUAUUACUAAGGUGGUUUGUGGUGAGAUGUCAGCAUGCACAGCCAGACAGCGUCGCGUUCAAGUGUUGUCCUCUGGUUUCUGUAUGUUCUGUAUUUUCCCUAAAGCUUAUGCACUGUGCGGCUUUUUAGUUGCACUGCAUUCUCUGUUUAAGUUAUUGGAUUUAUUUUGUUUUGUUGAAGCCUGUUUGGAGAGCAAUCUAUAUGUAUGACUUGGUUCCAUCAGGCAUGUCUUAUAUCAAACAAUGUUUUCGUUAUUUUGCCAUGAAGAUUCUGAAUGUAAAUGGAAAUAGCGUCAUGAUAUAUUGCAAGUCUGAAAGAAAGGGUUCAUGUGGAUGA